AUGGAUCGGCGGCAGCGGCAUCCGCCUACCAGUACCAGCGAUGGUGCUCCUCUACACCCAAGCCUCCUCCUCAACCUCCAGGUCGACACGGCCUCGGACGGCGACGGCAACGACACCACCGCCUCCUGCAGGACCAGCGGCGGCGCGCACGACGUCCAGGUCACCCUGUUCGCCGCCAACCCGCCCGGGGUCUCUCGCCUCCAGGUCGUCCGCUCCGCCGGCGCCUCCGCUCCCUACAUCGUCACCACGGAGGCCGACCUCGUCCUCCUCGGCGUCCCUGCCAGCGCCGAUUCGGCGCGCACCAGGUCCGGGUAUGAUUAUUUCGUAUACAAAUUGGGGGCAGGUGAGAAGGGGGCGUCAUCGCUGGAGCUGCUGCCGGGCCCUGUCCCCUCCUCCCUCUCGCUCGACGACUCGCACGUCGGCAUCCUGCGCCGCCGCGACUCCUACUUGAUCGUGGCGCUCUGCUACACAUCCUCACCUGGCAAGUACGACCUGCAUCUCUACGACUCCAAGAGCGGAGGAUGGACCACAAAGCAGGCCUCGCUCGACCAGCAACAGCAUAUGGAUCACUGCCAUGUCAACCGCAAGGUCAUCACCGUCGGGGGCGACGCUGGCACCAUGGCCUGGGUUGACCUCUGGCACGGUAUCCUCUUCUGCGACGUCCUCCAUGAGGAACCACGGCUUCAACACAUCCCGUUGCCACCGCCACUACUGCCAACAAGGGAGCUGGGAGGCUGCCCCAGGAACGCUCGCGACAUCGCGGUCAUUAAUGGUCGCAUCUACUACGUCGAGCUGCAGAUCAGAACCAUGCCAGGUUCGUCCAGCAGGGGCAGCUACAUCUCUGAUGGCUGGACCGUUGCCAUAUGGAGCACCAGUGCUACUGGUCCUUGGCAUGGGGACUGUUGGCACCAGGACUACAAACUCGACGCCUCUGAGAUCACUGUCGGAGAAAAACUGGUGCACUUUGAAGGCGUAGCCGAGCCAACCUUGGUGAGGCUCCAAACAGGCCAUCCCACACUCUGCCUGCACGACAGUCGAGUUGUUUACCUCAUGGCAAAAGUUGACUACCAGGACGAAAAGGCAUGGGUGCUUGCAGUUGACAUGAGGAACAAGACGCUGCAAGCAGUUGCCAAGUUCACCGCCGAUAGAGUCCCAGGCUUCUGCUUUACAUAUACACACACCAGGGUCUCUGAAUAUCUGAAGAUGCAGAUAUAA